CUCGUGGACCGGACAGAGGAAAUGGCUUAAAAUAGAGGUAAAACAUUUUCGCAGCAUCAAGACUCAGUUUUGAAGGCUGGUCCUCUCGAUAGUCAUUUUCUUAUUUAGUUGGAGGGAGGCGACGAGUAUUUUGUUAUGCGCGUCAACAAUAAGCUUUCAGUAGCACCUUUCACUUAAUUGGGAUUUAUAUUUAGCUCUGUGAGAGCCCCCAAAACUUGUUCAUUUGGCGGUGCGCGUCAUCUGGCUAUGUGCUGCUGGGGGUGAGGGCGCUGUGCGGGUGUAUGUGUGUGAAGGACUAGCACAAAUUUAUCUCCAGCUCCGGCGAAGGGAAAGAUGAUGGCCGGUGGUGGUGAAGCAGCAAUGGACCACAACGGAAUCUACUCAACGGCGAACCUCCAUAACCUGCAGCAAAGCCAAAUGGAGGCGGACAACUCGGACUCCCGCAAGCGGCCGCUGGAAACUCCGGCGGAGGAGGCCGGUUGUACCAAGCGCACAAACAUUGGAGAGGAGGGUGAAUACUUCCUGAAGGUGCUGAUUCCCAGCUAUGCAGCCGGCUCUAUAAUUGGCAAGGGCGGCCAAACUAUUGUUCAACUACAGAAAGAGACGGGUGCCACCAUUAAGCUGUCGAAAUCCAAAGAUUUCUACCCAGGAACAACAGAGCGUGUCUGUCUGAUACAGGGUACAGUUGAAGCCCUCAAUGGCGUCCACAACUUCAUCGCUGAGAAAGUCCGAGAGAUGCCCCAGAGUGCACAGAAGCCGGAACCAGUCAGCAUACUUCAACCACAGACCACAGUCAACCCUGACCGUAUCAAACAGGCCAAACUGAUUGUGCCCAACAGCACAGCUGGGCUGAUUAUUGGCAAGGGAGGAGCCACCGUCAAAGCGGUGAUGGAGCAGUCCGGGGCAUGGGUGCAGCUCUCGCAGAAGCCGGAGGGCAUCAACCUGCAGGAGCGAGUGGUAACAAUCAGCGGUGAGCCUGAACAGAACCGUAAGGCGGUGGAAAUCAUAGUACAGAAAAUCCAGGAGGACCCUCAGAGCAGCAGCUGCCUCAACAUCAGUUAUUCCAACGUCUCCGGCCCAGUUGCUAACUCCAACCCCACCGGAUCGCCCUAUGCUAACACGGCCGAGGUGUUGCCGAAUGCAGCUGCGGCAGCUGCUACUGCCUCCAGCCUUCUGGGCCAGGCCGGCUUGACAGGAAUGGGUGCCUUCCCCACUGCCAUGUCUAGCUUCUCCGGCAAUGACCUCCUGGCCAUCACAUCAGCCCUCAACACACUGGCCAGCUACGGCUACAAUACCAACACCCUGGGCCUGGGCCUUAACCCCGCAGCGGCCUCCGGUGUGCUCGCUGCAGUAGCAGCUAGCGCUAACCCGGCAGCCGCCGCUGCAGCUAACCUCCUAGCCUCCUACGCUAGCGAUGCUUCCAGCAGCGCUGGCCACCCUGCGACAGGGCUCGGUGGCUUCUCCCUGGGUUCUCUCGCAGCCGCUACAGGUGCUUCCAAUGGUUACCUAAACGCUUCAUCCCCACUGAUGGCCUCCUCCCUAUUAGCAACAGAGAAGCUAGCAGACGGAGCCAAGGACGUGGUGGAAAUCGCCGUACCUGAGAAUCUGGUCGGCGCAAUUUUGGGAAAAGGAGGAAAAACGCUGGUAGAGUACCAGGAGCUAACAGGGGCCCGCAUCCAGAUCUCCAAAAAGGGAGAGUUCAUUCCCGGUACUCGGAACCGUAAAGUCACCAUAACAGGGUCGCCAGCAGCUACACAAGCAGCGCAGUAUCUGAUCAGCCAGCGGAUCACUUAUGAGCAGGGCGUACGUGCUACCAACCCGCAAAAAGUGGGUUAAAAGGAAAGAGAGAAGGUAGGAAGGAAAGAAAGGAUGAGGACAGAGCUAGAGUGGAAUUCUGGAAGGGUCACAAUGAGGAAGAAAGGGAAAUGUCCAAAUAUAUGUUUUAAUAUUUCAGAAUCAAAUGAGAGGAUCAAAAAGGAGGAGGAGGGGGAGACACCGAAGACAAGUGUGUGUGAUAUUUGAAUGUGUUUUAGGACCGACGCGUCCUAAUGUUUUUUAAAAGUUUGUGUCCAGUCCUUUCUGAUGAUGGAGAUCAGAGUAAGCUGAACUGGUCCACUGCCAAGCUGCAGAUAAAGGGUGAGGCAUAUAGUUUCACCUUCCUCUAAAACCUCAUUGCUGAUUUACUUUUUGUUGGUUUGUUUGUUUUUAACCUCGGUUCAAUGGUUUCGAUGUCAGUUGCAGACCUCAGCUCCCGGUGAGUUGGGCGUGUCCAGUGAUGUUCCGGUUUCACAAAUCUUUCUCUUUGUAUACAAUGCAGAAGGCCCUGUUAUAGGGGAGUUGUUUUUACAACAAGCACCUGAGGCCACCUCAGUUUACGGGAAGCAAAUAAUUUACUUAUGUUGACAUUUGUUGAAAUCUUCUACUUGUAAUUGAAAUUUCUAAAUUUGGGUAUUUUAUAUUUUUUAGCCAUUAUUUAUGAAUAUUCUGAUUCAAUUCUAAAUCGAUUCUUUAAACCUGCCAGUGCAGGUUGAUCUGAAUGUAAAAAAAAAAAACAAAAAAAAAAGGAUUUGCCUAUUGAUAUUUUUUAUUUACAGGGAUCAAAUGUUUUGCAGUGAAAGAAAUGUAAAAGUGAAGCCCGGUCUGAACUUCACAGUUGCAGUGUGAGUGUAUAGUUCAGGGGCUCAAUAAUCCAUGUGAGAGGAUAGAGGAGACACACAGGAAUGUAUAAAUAUAUAUUUAACGUGAAAACAUAUAAUGCUCCCACAAAUGCACAAACAUUGAAAUAUAUCCAGUCAUGGCAACAAAACACCCUAAAAUAUAUUCUUGUUAACCCUUUAUUGGUGCUACAGGAUUAGAUAUAUUUACUGUCCCCAUUAUGUCAUUCAAAUCUCCUACUCCCACUUGGCUGAAUUUGGUUUCGGCCUAAAAAUUUACCUGACGACAGUUUGCCUUAUUGUCAUAUAUUCAUAUCCCUAUAACUACCAGAAUUGCGCUCAAACACACAUCUGUGCAAAGGGAACAAAGCACUAAAAGAGCAUUUUAUAAUAAACCCUGUUUGAAUCAAUAUCUGCCAACAAACAAACUAUUGCCUUUACAUCAAGGGUAACCAAAUAUUCUUCAGAGGCAUCCUCUAAUAAAAGGGAAAUCGAGUGACACUUGAAAAGAAGGCUUGGUCACAGCUUCCGUGUGAGCCAUCCUUCCCAAUUAGCAUCAAGACAAAAAAUAUUCUUAGUUCUUUUUAUCGAUCCCAAAAACACAUGACUCAUCAACUUUGGGAAGAGUAUUUAAUAAAACAUCACAUAGAUAUUUUGUCUUUCACCAAUGAUAGUUAAUCUCAAGCAGGGAGGCCAACUAUUUAGAGCAUUUCUAAGCACUCAAAGCGUACCUUGGCCUCCCUCAGUGCUGCUAUCCAUUGUGUUCAUCCCGAGUACUCUUGGUCUCUAAAGACUGCACUGUGAGACAUUAAGAACACAAUGUGAGGCUGGUCUGUCACCUCUGGGAUGUGUAUGUAUAAUUUCAUGUGCACAUCUUUGUCACACAGACUAGACCUGACAAAUACUGAGGGACAUCUCCAUAAACGCAUUUAUCUUUCAAUGUCUCAUGACGUUUGCCAGCACGGCACACUACUCUUAAAUUAGAGGAUGUGGUCUGAUCAGCAAACUUUUCUCCCAAUUAUAUCUGACAUCUUCCAAUAGUCCCUAUCUACUGUGAGGGUUGUAAACAGUGCUGAUUCAUAGACUUCAUAAUGAUAUUGACGGGGCGCCGGGCCGAUUGAUAGGGGGCCUGCAUUGUUGGCGUGGCCGUCAAAGCUGACCGAGUGGAAUCACAGACAAAGAGCUUUUUUUCAUUGAAAAUACUUGUGAAUAAAUGCUUAAGUCCCAGAAUUCUGGAUAGAUAUGGACGCAAAACAGCCUCGAUUCCUGGUUAAGACCCAAAAAAAAAAAGUGCUGUUAGCAUCUAGUAUUUUACGUAAAUAUGCGGAAGUACAGUGCUAGUCUGCUAGUCAAUGUGGUGGCCGUCAUAUGUAAACAGAGCUUUUCCGGUGAAAAUUCUUAUGAAUAAUGUUUAAAUCCUUGAAUUAUAGAUACGGACGCAAAACAGUCUCAAUUCUUGAUUAAAAGCAAAAAGGUUAGCAUUUAUUUUACGUAAAUAUGUCCAAGUACGAUGCUAAUCUGUUAGUUGAAGGAAUCUGACCUUUUAGCCAGUUUGCCAGAAUCGCGCCAGCCGAACCGCUGGACCCACUUUGGCGCAGCUCCAACCACCUGGGCCGGCGGAACCCCGACAACUCGGCCAAAAGGCCAAACUCCGCGCGUUUACUUUUAGCCUUAACGCCUUGUACUGACUCCCAUUUUGAAAGCUGUAAAAUGGCUUAGAAGCACAAGUUGACAAUUUAUUCAGCUCGACAGCGAUCAAACAGUAAAGCAAACAGAAAACAGACUCAGGCGGGAGCCAAGGUCACCAUAUCACACGUCAACAAAAGGUUCCAGAGAAAAAUGACAACCAUUAGUUAAACAUUCAGUCUUUUGAAGGCUCUCGCAGGGUGGUCUGUGGAUGGAAGAAGUGUGUGUUUAGGAUAAUCUAUCGCAGUUUGAGCUGUUUAGUUCGUGUGUCAUCAUUGCUGGGUCAUGGUUAAUUAGGCAACUGAGGUGGGAGGUUGGGCCUGCCUUGACAUUAUAUUAUAUUAUUAUUAUUAUAUUUUAAACUAUGGUUAAAUGUCUUUUUUAUUGGAUCGAGUUUGUUAGAAUAAUGCAAACAGUUAGACUGUGCCUACGAGAAAACAGUCAAUGUGGCGGCCGCCCAAUGUAAACAGAGCUUUUCCAGUAAAAAUUAUUGCGAAUAAAUGCUUAAAUCCCUGAAUUCUCUAUAGAUAUGGACACAAAACAGUCUUGAUUCUUGGUUAAAAGCAAAAAAAAAUUGUGCAGGUAGCUUUUAUUUUACGUAAAUACGUCGAAGUACGAUGCUAGUCUGUUAGACAAUGUGGCGGCAGCCUAACAACAAAGAGCUUUUUACGUUGAAAUUCUUGUGAAAAAACGAAAAAUAUAAUAAUUACCUUGAAUCCUUGAACAAAUCACUCCUGAGACAAUCCUUCCUGUUUGAAUGCAGUACAGCUUUCGUACUUUUUCAACCUAAAUCCAGUGUUGGAUCGCUGCAUGUGUCGGUGCUACCGACUGCGAAUAACUGAAGCGGAUUGUGGGAUGGCCCCCUACUUGAAGGCGUGGCGCAAUGAAGGUCGAAUCUGACCUGUCAAUAUCAUUAUGAAGUCUACAGUAUGGCUGAUUAGUAUCAAGCCAAUUUGAACCAUUUACUGUAUUUUACGGACUAUUACACGCACCAGCCAAAAAAUGUCAGAUUUUAUCAUAGACCAAGAAAAAUUAUUGUAUGUACAGUGGGGAGAACAAGUAUUUGAUACACAGUCAAUGGGAAAAUCCAUUGGCAGUGUAUCAAAUACUUAAAAUACUUAAUAAAAAUAAAAUGGACAAUAGCAGGCAAAUUAUGCCGCUGUUAACGUCACGUAACGUAAGUUAUUUAGUUAACUAUAGUCUAAACUAUGGUGGGCAGCAAUUGUCAGGCAGUUUGCAAAUUCGAAACGCUUUGCAAAAGAAAAAUACAACAACACAGUCACACAAAAAGAGCAAAAUUACCACAGCGGAAGCUUACGACGGUAGAUACUCUUUUGGUUGUGCUUGGUGUUGUCGUUAGCCUUUCAGAAGUAGUCAUUCUGUAGAGAUCGUUAUAUGAGGUAGGCACUUGGACAAAAAAAAAAAAAAAAUCUUUUUGUCACAUUUUUUUCUUUGCAUUCUACAGAGCUCACAGGACCAUUGAUGGUCCUUUUUAUUUCAUUCAAAAAUUCCAAAUUGAACUGAAGUUGGAGGGGAAAAUGUGAAAGAUUAUUUGGCCCAUUGACACAAUGAUAAAGCUCGUUGAUUUUUGUGAUCCAAAUUAGGAUCAACGUUUUAAAUCGGGGAAAAGCAGAAAAGGAAGGACUAUAAAGAGUACAGUACUGUAACAUGUUUGGAACUUUUGUUCAACUAAAAAACUUUUUUUUUUCCCGGUUCCGGAUCGGGACUCUGUGUUGGCAGAUUCUCAAAAUUAGGUGACUCGGACUCAGGUGCAAAAAUAUGCGAUUGGGACAUCACUAGUGGAGGUACUUCCAUUGUUAGCCAUAAAUCGGAUUUACAACGGAAGUUAGCACAUACGCCUGACUUGCUAAUGUUAACGGAUGACCAAUUCUGAAAAGCAUAAGGUAUACAUAGUCACUAAGGUUCUUAACGCAGGUCUUGAUGCACAAAUCUGAUUUUUUCGUGUUUUUCCAACUCGAGUGAGGUAUUAACUUGACGGUCCGAACGGGACAGGUUGCAUAAAAGUGGACCAUUUCAAAUCCGAUCCACGUCACAUUUUUCCAGAAAGUGGCUGCGGUCUGAACUGUCAAGUCUCCCAAAUCGGAAUACAUUCAGCAAUUACGUCAGCAAACAGCGAGAGAGCAUAAUGUACAGAUUAGCAUUAGUGCCUAGCUUGAACUCGACUUUUAGGGAAUAGGCGGGCUUGACAACAGUCAUUAAAAAAAAUCGGGGGAAAAAAGGAUAAGCCUGAGAAUGCUCGGGUUUCUUUCUGUGCGCCAAAUGAGCAAUAAUGAGAGUCGGUGCAAAAUGACUGUAUGUUUUCUAUCAAUCCAUAUAAAUUUUGAAUAGCAGACCAAACGGAUUAUUUAUGUCUUUUAUUUGUGUCCGCUUUUUGGGAAUCAAAAUAUGAUCACCCUAGAAUGAUGUAGAGCCAGCAUGUGUCAACAUGUGUAGUCAUUUGUUUUAAUACUUCUGCGCAUGCUGGUCAGUUUUCUCAGCGCGACUGCAAAUUAAUGCGUAUGCGCAAGACUUGAACGGGCUCAAUGGAAAAAGGUAGUCUGAAUGGGCACGGCAAAAAAAUUAGAUAAGACAAAAAAUCUGAAUUGUGCAUUAAGACCUGCGUUAUGAACCUAGCAAAGAGCUCCUUUCACAAACAUAUCCCGCUAAAUUCCCUUGUAAAGUGACGCGGGGUUUACUCACGUCAUUGCUUUCACGCACGUUGAGAUAUCCCAGAAAUGACGCGGGUUGGACACUUUCACAGACUGGCGCUCUCUGUGCGGGGAGGGCUGAUGGCGCGAUUUUAUAACCCGGACAUUACGUGAUUUUUGGUCGACAUCGGCUGUCACAAUAUUGCUCCAAUGGUGUUUUGUUACAGAGACUGUUUUGGGAGCGUUCCCAACAUCCUACCUGAAGCCAAUUCAACCUCAUCAACACUGUAUUUAAGCCCAGGCGAUCCAAAAGCAGGGUGCCGAGAUACUACCUUGCUGGGCGCCAUUCGACAUCUUGUACUCUCGAAUUCCGUGCAUUUGCUAGCUUGUUCAUCUGCCGCCCUUGUCUUGAAUUCUCCUACGUUAUGCUGGUAUUUGAGUAUAUUUGGUGUGUUUAUCGGCUCUUUGCCUACCGCUUAGGCUAGUAUUAUUGAUCCCUGUCGACCAACUGUCACGGACCCAUUGUGUUAUUCCCCCUUUUCUGCGAUCGCGUAUAUUUUUGUUUGUAUUUAAUGAACCCUUAAACGCAUCCCUCCGUUGUUUUGUGCUUUGAGGUACAACCUUGCAUCCGCAAUUACGUACUCUAACAUCGGCAACAAUAUAAACCACACAUUUCCAAAGAUGGACGAUGUACUCUCUUCCUCGGCUCUGCGAUCCAGUGCAAUUUAAUUUCGUUAUAUUUUCAGUGCUAUGUCGAUAUUUGCGAUGUUUACCGCUUUUCGUGUUACUGCGAAGAUAUUUACGUCGUAAACCAUCGUGCUGUGACCCGGGAAUUUAACGCUUGCUUUUACAUACGCCUCGUUCCGGGAAAGUCCCAGACAUUAUACUAAGACGCGACCUGUUAAAUGUUCACAUAAUCUCCGUGUCAGUCGACCCGGGAAUUUGCUUUCACAUACAACUGUUCCACAGGUAAAUCCCGCGAUUUUCCCGGUGUUUCGGAGUGUGUGAAAGGGGCUUAAGAGGUAUCUAUCAAAGUGUAUCUACAGUGAUACCUAUGCUUUUGUUGUCAAUCUGCUUCUGUUCUGGUCAUGCUGCGUUGGUAUUGUGACUACUGGUGUUCUUGUUUUAUUUUUGGUUUGUUUUGCAAAAUGUUUAGAAUGUGCAAAUUGCCUGACACUUCACCUGACUAAGUCAAGAGCCCUGCCAAAUGUUUAAAAAAAAAAAAAAAUUAGGUUGCAUUUAUAGUCCGGAAAAUACGGUUUGGGGAAUAUAUUUAACCCAGUCUUUUGUGCCUCCACUUUUCUUGAUAAUUCCUAGCAUUUCUUAAAACCAGUGGAUUUUCUCUGUGAACAUUUUCCGUGGCUAUUACCACAGUGGGCCUCUAAUCGUAGAUGCCCGCAAAGUCCUCCAUUCCCAAUCUGGCUACUUGUGAAGUACAUGUCAUUUAGAACAUUGUACUGCCCAAUGUUUUAGCAUAUAAUAAAAUACAAGCACAAAACAAGGGGGUUUCUCAAUGCAACUGGACUGCUUGAUAGCAGGGAGCUAUUCUUCAAACCUCUGAUCAAAACAGUGCCAAAUACUGUAUCUCUGCACCUCAUUAACUUUCCUCUUUCUCUCCACAUCUUAUUCCCCCUUUGCAUGUCGCCGUUUGUCGUCAUUCUUAGCUUUCACCUGUGACCUAAUAGCUCUCUGUGGUUGUUUCCUCCUGUACAGUACACUGUGCUCUCUCCCCCUCUUUCUCCUUUCUCCUGUCUUGUCUUCUCAUAAGCGGUGUCGGGUGUGCUGCUGGUGGGAGUUAUGCACUAGGUCGAAAGGGUACGAAACUAUUUUGCCAGGCCGCAGAGUUCACAAGGCUAAAAAAAAUGCACAGAAAACACCUGCCUCCAAAACUGUGACACCCACUACUAGACCAACCAGCAAUUUUAACUCAAUUCAGACUAUAAAUGAGAAGAAAUAGGAUUUGGGAGAGAAAAAAAAAGGACUUUUUAUUUUUUUUUCCCAGAUGAAAGCAGAUAUUGGUUGAGCAUUCAUGAUUAUUCAUAUGUCGGCUGAACAAGCGGAGCUCAUGUCACAGCCUCGUAAACAAAGCGAACGGAAUGCUUAAGUUAAACGAAAGUACGUCGGGAACUCGUUUGUGACCUCAAGCUAAAACAAUGACAUCCUUUAUGCAUAUCCUCUUAUCUGAAAAUGACUAGAAUUCAUUUCUGUGGAAUACAAUAUGUCAUGUCAUAUGAUCUAUAUGUACUUUAUUGUAGCUAUUCUAGUUUGUAGUCUAAAUGCAGUCCAGCGUUGUCAAUACAAUGUGAACUAUGUUAUACUCGUGUGGAUGAUGGGAGUGCCAACUAAGCCUGAUUAAGAUUAGCUUUGCGAUUUGUUUGUGCAUUAUGAUGACUCAUCCAACCGGUGGUGUCCAUAUUUCUGUCACUGACGAUUUAGUUUGACAGUAAGAAAAUGUAAAGAAUAUUGGAAGCAAUAUAGUAGCAUGUUGUCCUGUUUUUGUGUUUUAUGUCUGUUGUAUGAACCUUUGAAGUUACUAAAAUUUUGAAUGAAUAGGUUUACAUGUACUUUUUGUAAGUUAUGAAGAUGCUGCUAUUUGAUAAGUAAACUAUACAAAAAUAUUUUAGUUGAAAAGAUGUCUGGUCAGUCGAUUAGAGGCGCGCUCCUGAAAAAAACGGGAGCGCACGACGAGGUGUAUAGAGUACUAUCGAUAAGAUAACACAAGUAAUAAUAGACUCCAUAGUACAACCUGUGCCAAACUAGACCUCCGCAGCUUCUGAAUUUGUAGAUGUGCGAUCAAUUGUUAGAUAUCAAUAACUUGUUUAGAAGUGCUGAUCAAGUGCCAACCAAACACUGUCUUUUAAGUUAAGAAAAGAUAAUCAAUGACAUUAUGUAAGAAAACAAAGGACAAGAAACUGUCUGUGCAUCGUUUUAUCCCAUAGGUACAUAGAAUAAGAGUAAAAGAUUGUGAUUUUUAUGGAUCCAUGUUGUUUUACACUCCAUGCAUCCCUUGCGUGUUUGUUUGACCUGUGGCUUAAGUACUGCUGUUUUUUCACAAUGUCUCUCUCUCUCUCUAUUGGCCAGCAUGGACUAAGCAUAACAUGUUAUAAGCAUUCAUAACAUAGCCAUUAACAAUCAAAAAUGUGUUUGUGGAGUUAGGUGUUAUCUUUUUGCACGUCUUCUAAUGCAUGGUAUCAAAGAAAAAUUUUGGGGGUAAGGAAAAAAAAAAAAAAGCGACAAAAAUUUUCGCGAGGCCACUCGUACGUAAACAUUCGCGACACUGCAUGCGGUCAAAAUGUAGAGCACUUAAGUUGACUCGCCUCAUGUUUAUGAACUUGUGUUUUAAUGUCGUGAGUUGGAAAGGAGUUUAUUAUCGUCAUGUUGGCCCAGAAACACAGCACUCAUAUCUCAGAUUAAAGUUGAUAUCUCAAGUUUUGUCUCGUAAGAACACGUUUCGACGAGGAAACUCGCAAAAUGUGAAAAUGUAAUUGGCUCCUCGUUUUGUCGGGUUUUAAGGAGAUCAGACAUAUUUACGUUACAAACAGGUUGAACCUCAUUGAACCUAGUUUUUAUGAUUUUUCUUAAUCACAGCUUGAAAGACUACUUCUAAUCUAUGAAUGUACCCAUAUUUCUCUUUUUAUUUUAUCGGUCUAUAAUGUAAAAAUCAGGGCAGGAAUGUCACAAACAUGUAGAGUUAAUAUCUAUGUCAGAUUUCAGCUAUAGUCAGGUAGGCCUUUCGCGGCCAUUGUCAUGAACCAAGCUACGUCCAACCCGAUUUCCAAUUCACUGUUAUCACGAUCUUGUUUAGUGUUGCAUAACUGCACUUUACUGAGAAUUGGUUCAUAAUAGGUGUGAAACGAAGCAAACCAUGUCGAUUUAGUUUUUUUCUUUGAAUUCCGAUGUAAUUUGUAUUUAUUAAUCCUGUUGGGUGAAUGACGGAAAGGGCUGGAGUCUCCGACAAAGAGUAGAGAAGCGGCGCGUGUUUCUUCUCUCAAAAGCAUUGUCCUUCACAUUCCCUUCAGCAGAAGUUUGUGUCAAUCACUGAGUGCUUUUGUGCGAGACCACGAGGAAUCUAUGGUUUGUCUUUUUCUAUGUAUCUUUGUUGACCGUGUCUCCAAAAUUGAAACGAGCCAAUUUUCUCUGGGGGCUGAAGGCACUAAGGGAUGCCUUUUGAUAAUGCUAGUCAAGUCGGAGAGGCGUAAUCAGCACCAGCAAAACGAUGAUUUUCUCCACCACCUCAACACGACAAAACUAACGGAGGAAAUCAAUUCGACGUAGAAUGCUGAGGGCCGAGUUACGUGAUUGAUCUUUAUGUGUCGUUCUCUUAGGCUUCCAGCCCUCAUUACUGUACUGCAUUUAUUGCUCCAUCUGAAUGCCAAAUGGAUUAUACUGUAUCAUUCCAAAAGCAUAUUCACUCCACAUGUGUCCUGGACAUUCGUUGGCCUUCAUGGAGCCCUUUCACGAGAAGGCUAGGACUGGUUAACACUACAGACUGGCUAAGGCUGCUCUCCCCCAACCCUUAGAACCUCAUCGACCUGCGCCUCACUGUCAAACAGCCUUCACGAUACCACUGUUUGUGUUUCAGUUCAACGAGCAACCGAUACUGUGUUCGCCCUUUAAACCGCUUCAAAAUAUUUCGGACAACUUUCAUCUGAGAAAAGAAGAUUCUAGCCAUUUGUUUUUUUUGUCUUGGAGCCUCUUAACCUCCCAUGAACUUGGUUGACUUCUUUAUCCCCCCAAGAACUCAUGUAUUUGUUGGAUACGUUUCACCCAUGUUUACUGUCAAACAGCUCAAAUUUUUCUUUUCUGGUUCUCUGGCCAUUGAGCAGAGUUGAAAACUUGCUUAAGUGUACACAGAAGGGAGCAUGCCAGUACAUUGCAACAAUUUUAUGCAUUGUAAAUGUUUUUUUUUUUUUUUUUUUUUUUUUUUUUAACUUGAGUUUACCUCUCUGUUACAUCUCAGAGAAAAAAAAUGGACUGACAGCAUACAUGUUAAUAAUUCAAAUUAAAGUGAUAGACAGCACCCAGUAUAAAUGACCUUCAAGCUAAAGACUUGCAUGAAUUGUACAUUUCUUAGACCACUGAAAAUGGAAUUAAACACAAAAAAUGACAGCAAUCAGUCAGUCAGGCUCGUACAGCACAAACGCUGAUACAGGUAAAAAGUAGCUAAGACAAUAAGCACACACACAAUUUAGUUUCUGUACCUGUUCAAUCUUUCGCUGUCUUUCCUCUUUCUCAGUCUGAGACUAAGCCUGCUAAACUUCCUGAGUCCAUUAAAGCUCGUUUCAUCAAGAGCAGCGCACAGCACACAAUAUGUGACUAGUAGUCGGGACAAUCGCAGAUACUCCGGCUAAAAUAUUACUUGCAUUUAAAAAUGUCUGACAUAAGCCGCUUUCCAACUGUAGGAACCCGGGUACCUCGACAUACGAUCACAUGGGCAUACGAUCCUUUCGACAUACAACGUAAAAUUUGACUCGUCAUUUGCCUCGACAUAUGACGACAUGUUUGAAUUGCGAUGAUUUAUGACAGCGUCGCAAGUUCGUUGUUUUCUCGCAAGGUGGACGCACGGAGAAUUUUCUGUGAGAGAACUGGCUAGACCGGUGUUUUUCAACUGGUGUGCCAUGCCACACUAGUGUGCCAUGAGAGAUCGUCAGGUGUGCCGUGAGAAAUUAUCCAAUGUCGCAUUUAUAUAUGGCGGAAAACACUCAGGUGACUUGAAGUUCCGCUCUGAGACCCCCAAUUUGGCUAAAUUUCAAAAUUGUCCUACAUGUAUGUGUGAUACUUCAUUGGAAAGCUUAAAAUCUCAAUUUUCUGGGGGAAGAAAAAUUUUGAACAGGAGGGCAUUUAAAAAAAAAAAAAAAAGUUUUUUUAAACAGCAAAACCCUAUCUGGAGGUGAGCGCAUGCGAGAGCAAAAUUACAGACGCCAUGACUUUAACGAGAUAGUAUCGCGUACUUCCCCUGUUUCGAUUCAAAAACUUCAUCUAGCAUGUAUCACUGAGUGUCAACACAUAGCUGUGAAUGGCCACAGCUGGAUUUUUGGGGGAUUUUAUGGGUGAAACACUGUAAUGCAGAAAUCGCAGACAUCAAGAAGUGGUCGAGAUUAUCUUUUGCAUGUAUAUUUAAAUGUUUUUUUUCCCCAGUUUUUCUUUGGAACAAUUAUUUAUCAUCUAAAAUAUCAGAGAAAAUGCGACAGUAACAAAAAAAAAAUUCAAUUAAGCGAUAGUUAUGAAGUAGAAAUCUGAAUUUUUUUACAGACACCAUUUUUUUCAUUUUGACGUCAUUUGUUUAAAAGUUUAAAAUAUGCGAGUGAAUAAUUUUUUUAAGUUUUUUUUUUUUUUUUUUAACGAAAUAUUAGGCAUCAAUUAAUGAUUCAAAGCUAAAAAUGACAGACAUUUUGAAUAAUAUAAUAAAUUCGUUUUAUGGCUGAGUUGAAACAAAAGCGGUUACACAACGUCUGUAAACUGGGGGUUCCAGGGUAAAACAGACUAAUUAAAAAUAGUUCGGGGGCUCUAUGCGCCAUGAAUCUGCUAUGGCAGCAUAGAGACAUAUUGUUCUAUCAAACACAACAGCUGUUUUGGCUUAAAAUACAGCAGUUUCUUUUAAAGAGUGCAAGAGCAGAAACUGCUUUUUCAGUCUUGUCUGUGUUUUCCACCAUAUAUGUUAUUAUUAUUAUUCCGAUUCAUAUUUACAUUUGUUUUGCUAUGUGUAAUUGCUAUUAGUAAUCUUACCUGCAGUAUUUAUUAAGGAUUUAGCAUAGGUUUUUAGGUUAUGGAACAAAUUAAUCGAAUUAUAAUGUAUUUUUAUUGGAAAAUCACACUUGUCAUAUGACCAUUUCGACUUAAAAACCAGGUCCUGGAACAAAUUAAAUUCGUAUGUAGAUGUACCACUGUACUUAUCUCCUAUAACUAUAGGCCUCUCCAAGGUCCACAAGGCAGUCACAAUGGCAAUACGCACGCAUGCUGGAUAGUUUACGUACUCCUACUAGGCUACUACAAAGACGGCGUUCUAGUUCACUUACACUUACACUUAGUGUUCACUAACAGAGUUUUUGUAUUGGUAAUAAAAGCGCCCGUGUAUUAUAAUGCAAAUUCCCACAGCUACAUGGUGCAAUGACUCACAAACACAUUUGAAAACUAAAAGGUCCAAUUAGCCUCGGUUUAACACACACUUUUCAAAACACUCAAAUAAAUUGCACCCGAAUAUCCAAAAGCGCUCUGCACGGGGCAGCUCAACAGCAACAACAAACAAUAAUAUACAGUGAUAUAAAAGGUAAGCAUGUCUUAUCUAUUUGAAGACACCAAAGGACAAUCAUCUUCAUUUUCGACAUCGAAUUGAAUUUUAGAAAAUAUUGCUAGUUUUGUAAAGAAAAAGUUGCUAAUUAGUUUUUAAUGCCAACAGCGUCUCAUUAAACAUGACCUGGUAGCAAGCAAGGUGUCAGGUGGUGUUAUUAACAACAACAAAAAAUAUACAGUAUAUUGCAGAAAAACCCUGAUUUGAAGUUCCUCUCUGAGACCCCCAAUUUGGCCCAAUUUCAAAAUUGUCCGAUAUGCAUGUGUGACACCAUGAUGAGAUAUUAUCGCAUACUUAUCUUGUUUCUAUCCAAAAACUCCAUGUAGCAUGUAUCACCAAGUGUCAAGAGACAGCUGUGAAUGGCCACAGUUGGAUUUUGGGGGGAUUUUAUGGGUGAAACAUGGUAAUAUAACAAGGGUUGAUGCAGAAAUCACAGACAUCAAGGAGUGGUCGAGAUGUUCUUUUUCAUAUAUUUACCCUUUUAAAUGUUUUUUUUUUUUUUUUUUUUCAUUUUUUCUUUGUUUGGAUCGAUUAUUUAUCAUCUAAAAUAUCAGAGAAAAUGCGACGUAACAAAAAAAAAAAAAAAUACAAUUAAGCGAUAGUUAUUAGGUAGAGAUCAGUUACUUAUUUACUUUUUUCAUUGUGACGUAAUUUGUUUAAAAGUUUAAAAUAUGCGAGUGAAUAAUUUAUUAUUAUUUUAUAAGUUUUUUUUAACUACAUAUAAGACCUCAAUGAUUCUAAGCUUAAAAUGACAGAUAUUUCAAAUAAUAAAUAUAAUUACUUAGCUUCUUUUUAUGGCUAGGUUGAAACAAUAGCGGUUGCGCGGUGUCUGUAAACGGGGGUCUUGAGGGUAAAAUGGACAAAUUAAAAAUAGUUCGGAGGCUUCAUGUGCCAUGAAACUGCUGUGGCAGCAUAUAGACAUAUUGUUCUAUCAAACACGGCAGUUCUUUUGGCUUAAAAUACAGCAGUUUAUUUUAAAGAUGGGUGUAAGAGCAGAAACUGCUUUUUUCAGACUUGUCUGUUUUUUCCACCACAAAUAUACGUAUAUAUUUCAACCCCAAAGUUAAAUAUGCUAUUGUUUCAAUGUUGAAAGUCCCUACCUCAGAGUAGGAACUAAAAUGGUUCUCGGAACUUGAGUUCCUGGUUCCUAGUUCCUAUAUGUGCGAACAGGCAAAAUGACAUCAUCGUCCCACAAAAGGUUCGAGCAACUGCAGUUAGUUCCUACAGUGCGAAAGCGGCUAUAGAUAUAGGAACUACUGUAAGUACUCAGGUUCCUAUCGUCCGAAGCGGCUAAUGUCUAGUUCACCGACACCUGUAUAAUAUUUGAUUUUAUUUACAUUUUUUUUUACUAUUUCACAUCGUAAAAAUGAAAUUGUGUGUUUUUUUUUUGUUUGUUUUUUUUUAUUUAAAAGAUCAUUUGUUAGGAGGCAUAUGAAAGGUGAUGUCUAUCACUUUAAGCCAAGUGAUGUAUUUUGAUUGGAAACACUUGUCUUUCAUUUGUCAGAAGGAGAAUGUUAGAAAGUCCCCAAGUGUUAAUUAGCAACCUUUAAGGGCUUUCAAGACCAGAAUCUACUUAUCUUUUAAAUGGAAAGUCUGAUUAUAUUCACAAACUUAACCACAAUGCCUAAUAGUGCCAUUGUAGAAAAUGUGUGAAAGAUUUUUAUGGCAAUUUUUUUGUCAGGAUGAGUGCCAAAUAAUUCUAACUGAGCCAAAAGGCAGCAAGCCGACGUAACGCAAUGUUAACUCACGGGAAUGGUUAGUGGAUCCAUUCCUCUUGACAAAGAUCACCCUAAUUUUAAGACAUGAGAGCUCAGGCACCAUUGUUAUGCUGCCAGUCUGUUUUCGGCUUUUGUCAAAGAAACAUCUGAGAAGCAGUAUGUUUUCUAGACGAGCAACUGUUUAAGACAAAGACGGCUACUAAGGCGGGAGAGUGGGAUGAUUUUAAAGUGUCAUUCUUUUAGUUUCUUGAUUUGAACAUUAUUCAUCAAUAGAUUUAACGGUAAUGACUAUUUAAUGUAACUGUAGUACUGUGUUUGUAAAAGAAAUUCAGUGAGUUGUGUUUUAUGACUCGUGGACUACCAGUGAAGUCAGCAUUUCAGUGUUAAUAAUGAAUUGUUUUUUAAAGAUUAUUUUUGCGACGGCAACAAAGUCAUUAUAAAUGUUCAUUUUAACAUCACUUGUCUUCCGUUUCUUCGUUUUCUCCACCUUGUCUCUUUCGAGUCUGCCGACAUGGAACUGCAUACAGUACAUCCCAUGAAAGUCAAAUGCUAUUGAUUUGUUGUGUAUCUACAAUAAUCGGAAGCAUUUGGAAACAUUACAUUUAGUGCAAACUAUCCAUACUUGGUUAUAACAAUUAAAAAAACAAUUAAAUGUCAGCCUGCCAGUGUUGUUUUUGGCAGCCCUUUUUUAAUUUUCGUCCUAGUCUUAAGUCUUUUGGACGAUAACAUUUAUUACAAUCAUAUUUUAGUAAUCUCAAAAUGUGUUUGUCUUUGCCUAGUUUUUGUUGACAAAAACCCGUGACUAAUUUCGUCUAAUUUUACUUGAAGUUUACAAAAAAUGUUUUCGUCUGUAAAGUUAAAAAAAAUGACCCCAAAAAUAAAUAAAGGUUUCCAACUAUUUCAAAUGAACAUUGACAGACGAGCACAUAUUGUAAAGUCUCCAAGGACAACGCCAACUUGGUGAUUAUACACACCCAGCAGGAAAACUACAUUAUUUUCAAUUAAAUAUAGCCACCUCGACGCCAUGAACUUUAAGUAGAAAUAAGUUAUCUGAGAGUUUAGAGGACGCUCGCCGUUAGCAUUAGCCUAAUGCUAACGUGAAUGCUAUGCUAACGCUACAAGUUACACUUAGUGUGUGAUGAUCACUCAGCACAGACCUUUAAAGGCUAAAGCAACAUUGGAUAUUCUCUCUGGUCAAAAAAACAAAUUUUACCGUGUGUGCAAGCCUGCAUGGAGACUGGAGAUGACACACUGGGAGUUGGGAACGGGGGGCGCAGCACGUCACAAGUGACACAACCAGACACUGCUACGAUGCAGGAAAACUACGCAUAAAAUGUCACACAUUGUGAACAUGUGACGGAAACUGGCAAAUUUGCAUCUCGUCUCGUCUGGCAUUCGUCUCGUUAUGUUUUAGUCUCUCAAAACAGGUUUUCCGCUCGUUAUCGUCUCAUCAUCAUCACGACUAAAGUGUCCGUUGACUAAAUAUUUUCGUUAUCUUAAUCAUUGACAAAAACAACACUGCAGCCUGCUAUGACUUUGACAACACACUGUCAUAACACCCAGAGGAUGUGGGACAGAAAUAAACAAAUACAUCUUUAAAUAAAUACUUAAAUAUGUUAUUAAUUCAUAAAGUGUCAUUAAUUCGGCAAAUUCAUAUUAAAUUAGGGAGGGGACGGCAACCUUUAACAUUCAAAGAGCCAUUUCGAUUCCGUUUUCCCCAGAAAAGACAACACUGGUGCACUGCAUGCACAUAUUUUCAUUUGUAUGAUUGCAUUAGCUUGUAUGGAGGACCACAUGGGACAUAAUAAAAUAUAUGAAUACAUCUUUAAAUAAACACCUAAACAUGUCAUUAAUUAAUCAAAAUUGGAAUUAGAUGAAUGUGUCAUUAAUUUAUUGAAAUAAAAGCUCAUAUAAUGACGAGACACUGGCCACGGGGCCGAUUAGUAGGGGCCUGCAUUGUUGGUGUAUCCGUCAAAGCUGACAGAGUGGAAUUGCAGACAAAGAACGUUUUCCGUUGAAAAUUCUUGUGAAUAAAUGCUUAAAUCUGUGAAUCCUUAAUAGAUGGACGUAAAACAGUUUCAAUUCUUGGCUAAAAGCAAAAAAAAAUAAAAAAGUCCAGUUAGCAUUUAUUUUACGUUAAUAUUGCGUACUAUGAUGCUACUCAGUAAGCAAAUGUAGUGGCCGCCUUCUCAAAACAAAGCUUUUUCUGUUGAAAAUUCUUGUGAAUACUGUAUAUGCUUAAAUCCCUGAAUUCUUUAUAGAUAUGGAAGUAAAACGGUCUCGAAUCUUAGGUAAAACCAAAAAAAAAAAUGCAGUUAGCAUUUUUUUACGUAAAUAUUGCGAACUAUGAUGUUAGUCAGUAAGCAAAUGUAGCAGCCACCUUAUGAAAACAAGCUUUUUCUGUUGAAAAUUCAUGUGAAUAAAUGCUUAAAUCCCUGAAUUCUUUAUAGAUAUCGACGUAAAACAGUCUUGACUCUCAUUUAAAACCAAAAAUAACGUGCAGUUAGCAUUUAUUUUGUAAAUAUUCUGAACUAUGAUGCUAAUACCGUCGCGGCUAAUUUCUCAAAUGCAUUUCUCAAAAUGCAAUCAUGGUACGAAAAAUAUUAUAAUUACCUUGAGUCCUCGAACAAAUCACUCCUGAGACAAUCCUUCCUGUUUGUAUGCGGUACAGCUUUCGUACUUUUUCAACCUAAAUCUGACGUUAGAUCGCUGCGUGCGUGUGUUUGAGAAUAACUCCUCAUGAUGCUUGGUGUGGGCAGGCCCCCUACUUGAAGGCGUGGCAUGGUGUGUGACGGAGUGAUCUGUCAAUAUAAUUAUGAAGUCUAAGGCAGCAUAAAUUAAUUUUAUCUGUCUAACUCACCCAUCAAAAUUAGCCUGAUUGAUUUCCGAGCACAUCAAGAGCAUUGCUGCUUGAUGCAGAACCAGUAAACAAUCUGAAACACUAGGUAGCUCUUACUUUACUCUGGUCAAAUAAGUUGAGGACGAGUGACAGCAAGUUUGGCUCAUAAAUUUAUGUGAAGUGAUGCAACGAACAGCCGAAAUGACGGCAGCAACUUCAAUAAACUCUUCUGCUUUGUAGAUGACAUGUUCUUGGUAAGGUGGUCUCGCUUCCACGUCAUCAGCAAGGUAUAAAAUAUCUCUGACCAACUCCCGAGAAAGUUCCACAACCACCAUAUUUUUUAACAUUAAAUUGAUUAGUAUUUUAAUGAAUUAAUAACACUUUUAUUUAUUUAAUUCCCAUUUUAAUUAACAUAUUUACUUACAGUAUUUAUUGCAAGAUGUAGAGUAUGUUUCAUUCUGUCCCAUUCUGUCCUGCAUUUUAUUGUGCAUGUGUAUAUGUGUAAAUAUAUAUAACUGUGGUCCAUGUUUAACUUGACGAAGGAGUUUAGUCUCAUUUUAGUAAACGGUAAAAGUGUUCACAUUUUACUGUACACACUUUUAUUCACAGGACACGCAGGUCAAGAAUUCACCAACUAUGUAAAGUCGAGGUUGCCACUCAGAAGGUGUACCCACAAGUCAGCGCCUUUUAAAAGUGAGCCUGACUUGAUCUGCCUACUAAAGGAUAGUUAGACUUCUUCGUUAAAUCUCUCGAGCGGCAGAAUAAUUGAUCAAAUAUUUAUUUAUCUAAUAUAAAACUGAGUCGAUUCAGAGGGCUCAUGUGGCUCCAGAGUGCCAAAAUAAAAAAAAAAACAACAACUAAUAAUAAUUAAUAUAUAAAAAAAUAUAAAGAGAAAUAAAUAAAAGAAAAUAUAAAAGUAUAUUUGGUUAUUGACUUACUUUUUUGCAUUGAAAAUUCCAAACAAAAAAACAAUGGCAAUUUUUUUCUUUGCCUUUUUCUAUUUCUAUUUGGAUCGAAUGUGAAACUUUUAUCAAUUAGCGGGGUGCACAAUUGAGACCUUGUCACAGAGGGAGUUAGUUGGAUCAUCUUCAAAAUUGGUGAGACUGUUCAGGAGACAUAGGAGAUCUAGAAUUUUCAAAAUGGUGCGUUUUCAUUCAUGGGUCUGACCUGGGCGUGGUGCCAAAGUCGGCCAUUUUUUCGGCAAAAUGACAAAUUCAAUAAAAAGGCUAAUAGCUCCUUGACACAACGUUCAAUCUUUUUCAUAUCUGGCAGGUAUGUGCGGGAUCCCACCCUUAACAUGAGUGCAUUGAAACAUUAUCCAUUAGGCCUAGCACCCCCUAGUGGAAACAGGAAAUGCCUUUUUUUUACAAAACAGCCUCCUCCUCCAAGGAAAAAAAAUAUAUUCACCUGAAACCUGCAUCAGGGGAGCCAUAAGACGUGUUCAGGUGCCUGAUGAAAAAUACUGAGGUUUGGUUCAAGCAGAAGAGUCCAACAGGAGAAGUGAAAAUGACUGAAGCCAUUUCGUCUCACCACAAGUUUUGAACAGUCAUAAGUUCUACAACAUAUCUGCGCCAAACAUCUCGUGCUUGUUGAGUCAUACUCUGAAGGGUCCUGUAGGGGUCAUUUGCAUCAACCCUAUAGCGCCAACUAGUGGCAAUAGAAAGUCACUCAUUUUUCUAAUAUAUGUCCACUUCUUUUCAGGUUGGUCAUUAUAGUUUCAAGACCUUUUGAAAUACUUAUUUUACCGCCCAUGUCCACAUGUCUCUGUCUGUUGCUGUGACGACCCUUUAUUCGCUCAUUUUUUGUAGUACUCUCUCCUAUAGGGGUUUUUAUCUCUUAGGUGUGUGAAUGUAAAGAGGCAACUUUCGAGCAUUUUAGGUUCUAAUGAGAUGAUUAGAGAGGACGAUCAGCCACCACCCUGACCUGCACACUGUCUGAGUUGCGUGACGUCCGAGUUGCGCUAGAUUGCGAGGGCCCGUUCAGUCCUGCUUGCAGGCCUAGUUGUCUUUGCUUUUGCUUUAACCAAAGGAAUGGUCUGCCAAUCAAAUGACAUUGGGAGGGGCUUUUGAAACAGGAAAGGCUUCGUUAUCAACGGGAUUAAAUUUGAUUGUCUUGGUGACGGGGUAGUUGAGGCGACCCAUCCAGCCUGUCAGCUGCUCCUCUAAGGCCAUGUCUUCACCUAGCAGGGUUUUUUUUAGACCGAGGAUCCUGUCCUAAUACUUCGGGAAAAAAUAAUGUCCACACCAGCACGUUUGUAGGAAAAAAAGCUUCCACAGCCAACUGCAUUCAUUCAUUUUUAAGUACAUACAUGACAAUGCGCAAAAAAUAAUUGUCUAUAAUACCCCCAUCCUUCGCAUGUGUUCUUCAAUUUGAAGCAAUGCAAGAGUUGGUAAAUAAAUGAAAGCAAAAACGCACCUAAUUUACUCCAAAUGUAAACAUUGGUCUCAUGUUUGACGAAGGGACAAAGUUUGUUGCAGUCAGUGACGUUUCCACAGUUAAAUCUUCGGUUGUCAGUGUCCACAUGAUGGCGCCACAAACUCAGAAUUCGCACAUCUUAACUUUGGACGGAGGUUUUAAGAACCUUUGUUUAAAUGUGCGUGGAUGAUAGGCCAGUAUCGUAAAAAAAAGUUUGCCAAAUAUCCUGCUACGUAUAGACGUGCCCAAAGCAGUUGUGAAAAGGAUUUUUUCCAUAUCUCUCCAAAUAAAUGAUGAAUCAAAAAUCGCACAGCAUACAGAUUUCCACCCCCCGUCACUCCUUAAUGGUAAACUAUGAUUAAUUAGCUAUCGACUACUAUUCCUGUUUGAAAAGCCCCUCCCAACACCAUUUGAUUGACAGACAGUUCCUUUCGGUAAACGCAAGGGCAAAGACAAUGACAAGUGAAAGAGACAAAGAAAAAUUUGCCAUUGUUUUUUCCGUUUGUUUUUUUCAAUGUCAACAAGUAAAAGUCAAUGACAAGAAUUGCCAUUUUUUUUCUGUUUCUGGUUGUAAAUGGGAAAAAAAGCAAAAGUCAAUGACAAAAUAUACUUUUAUAUUUUCAUUUAUUUAUUCAUUUACAGGUAGUCCCCGGGUUCCGACGUACUUGACUUACGCGAUUUCGACUUUAUGAUGCCUGGAUUUGCAUAAACAGUACCUUAUUGUACCUCACAGUGUCUUAUUUUUUACAUCACUCUUUUAAUAUGACCUGUUCUGUCUUCACUAAAUGUGAAGUUUUUCAGCUUUACAGAUAUCAAACAAGGCAAUUGUGCUUUUUUAAGCUUUUUACUUUCUUCAGUUUUGACAAUUUGUAGCACCCUCAUGUACACUUAUGUUAAAAUUGACACGCAUUUUAACAAAUACUUGACGCAAAACAAUUUGUGUUCAAACAUGCAUGUAGUCUGAUCAGUAUGUAAAUUUAGUAGAUUAAAUUAGGCUAAUUUGCCUAACAAAAGUCGGCUAGCUUAAAUUCCACGAAUGCUAACAUAUUUACAAUUCUCAUAGCAAAUCGCACACACGUAACUCCAAAAACUGUUGCUGUAAACUUAAUUAAAAAUGCAUACACAAGCAUAUAUUAGCUGAAGCAACUUACAGCCUUAUGUGGGCCAAACCAGAGCGCAGCUGUCCUUUAUCCAUGUCAGACGAUGUCAGUCAUAUAAGGCGACAGUCCAGCCAGACCCAACACUGCCAUCAGAGGGCAGUGUAUCCUCCAUCAUUAAACAAAAUGCAAUACUUUUGGAUAGUUAUUUUUGGGGAAAUUAGAGUUAAUGCCGAUUUACGCGGAAAUUCGGUUUACCGUAUGUUGCUAGCGUAGGAACGGAACUCGUUUGUAACCUGGGGACUACCAGUAUUUAUGUCUAUUCAUUUUUGGUAUAUAUUUUCAUUUUGGCACUCCUGUGAUUCCAUAGACUGCGUACACUGAACCGUGAUGUCCGCGUCGUGACGGUACGGGACGAAUGCAAAUACCGUUACACUCUUUGUGCUAACGGGAUUGCAUGCAUGUUGUGCGACACAUUUCCACAAAUGAUAAAUAAAAUUUGAAAUAUUAAGUUUAUGAAAAGAAAUGUUCUGAAAGUUACAAGAGACUAAAAUGAAACAAAUAGUACAUCACAAAAAUAAAAUUUAAUGUUUUUUGUUUUCAUUUGAGAUUUAAUUUAUUUGCAGAAACAUUUUGCAUUUUCAUAUGUCAGUUAUUCAAAAUUAAAAGGUUGCGAUGUAAAAUGUACUUUAUUAUUUGGAAUGACCCAUACUGUGUAAAUUAUACACAUAAGAUGGUACAGUAACUAUAAUUAAAAAAAAAAAAAAAGAUUAACAUAGCAAUGAAGCCAACCUUAAUUACGAAUGAACUGAGGAAUUUGAUGAAAUUGAUCCAUCCAUCUGUUAUCUAGGACUUUUUCCUGGUCAGCUUGGCCAGGAACCUGCAACCUCUGCCAGCAAACCUCAGGUGAGAGUCGGAGUACACCUUGCAUCAAUCAUCAAACACAGAUACAUUUGCAUAUGUUGAACAUUUUAAAUUAUAAAAACAAAUUCUAAAUAUCUUUCCCUACUUUAUUGAAAAUGUGAUGUUUUCUCUUUCCACAUCAAUUUAUUCACUAUGUUCGCUCCAGUCUGAGCUCUGCUGCGAAUCCCUGCAGCAACAUAAAUGUAAGCCCCAUUUGAUUCCGGCUUUGAGACAAGGUAGCAAUGGGGUUGAAUGAUAAAACUGCGUUGUCAAGGAAACAGGUUGUUCUGAAGACUGCAAAUAUGUCGCACUGGGAUGCUACUACACAAUAUUUCAACCUGCAGCCUCAAUUCGCCUGAAAUAUUGAAGCGCCCACAAAGUCGUACUGGUAAUUGCAGGAAUAAUGUUUGCAUUAAUAAUUCAAAGAUGUUUAAUAAUCAGUCUAUUAUUAUCAACAUGAUUGAAAAGCGACACUGCAAAUCUCAUUCGCAAAAGCAAAUCAUAGCUUGAGAAAACCUUGAGGUGGGAGAGUGUUGUAUUCAAAUGAUGAAUGGGAGGGGGGAGAGGAAUGACUGCUUGAGAAUAGACACACUCAGGCACCCUUUAACGUGACUCCUGAUGUAACCAUGGAUACCUCUAUUUCAUGGAUGGAGUAAUUUUAGCUGGAGUGGGAUCUGAAGGAUGCGCUGCACUACAUACACUAUCGUUUCUUAAACAGCAAUACUAAAAUGCGUAGAUUCUAAUAUUUUAUUCACAUUACCUUGCAGUAAAUUCUAUGUACUGUGAGGAGCAGAAGUAUUUGCACCCCUUGUGAUUUUGCAAGUUCACCCACUAAAAAAAUAGAGGUCUGAAAUUUCAAUUAAUCAGUAGAUGCAUUUCCACUUAUAAUCUAAAAAAAAAAAAAAAAAACAUCCGGAACUCACAUUGUAUGAUUUUUCAAUAAUUUAUUUACUGGGGUUCAUGAGUAUUUGUAUCCCUGAGAAAAUCAGUGCUAAUAUUUAGUGCAGAAGCCUUUGUUUGCAAUAACAGAGGUCCAGUGCUUAAUUUGUAAAUCAUAAGGUGACGGAACGCAAAGUACAUAUGACAGCGCAGGGAUGACGAGACGGGCACAGGUCCCAGAACAUGUGCAGAAAAUGGUGCUGAAAACCACACGCAAAUGCCCACUUGCCAUGCUGUGGGACUUACAAGCCCCCCAAGUAUAAAUGUUAUGACAACAAUUUACAAUUAUUUAAGAUAUACUCUGUACAGCACGGGCAAUUGCCCACAAAACCACUGGUGGGAUUUAAGCCCCUUUCACACACUCUGAAACAUCGGGAAUCUCGCAGGAUUUGACCGUGCAGCAUUUGUGUGUGAAAACAAUUUCCCGUGUCAACUGACACGGAGAUUGCAGGGGUUGCGUCUAUGUAUCAUGUCCGGGACUUGCCCAGGAAGCUGUGUGCUUGAAAGCAGGCAUAAAUUCCCGGGUCACAGCGCGAUGGCUGAUGACGUAAAUAUCAUGGCGGGCAGAUCGUCACUUCCUCCCAGUAGCAGUGAUUGAACUGAUUUGUGGAUGAUGGCGGGAGUUCAAAUGUCUGAAUUUGUACUACCACAGCUGGAAACAGACCCUGUUUUUUAAAAAAACUUUUUUUUUUUCUUGGGCUUGAAUUUCAUCUAGAAGACAGAGAGGUAUGUCCAUGGUAUUAAACUUUACAGAGUGGAGAUCAUUAUUAUAAUCGAGGCGAAAUGCUACCACUCACAACUUAAAAAUGAGAAACCCCUCAGGCCAAAUAUUGAUCUAGCGAUAACGUUAGCUACUUGGUAACUUUAUGUCAUGUGUUCUGUCAGAUUUUUCUCCUGAAGCUUUUGUGUCGACGAAUAAGCAUUCUUUCACAUUCACUUGCAUUCUCAAUAUUAUCCAGAGGUGCUAAAUAAACAACUUACGUCACAAAUAUACAUGCGCAACAUAAAUACGACGUAAAUACAGUAAAUGCUCAACGUUUAGAGAGCAGCGUGCAUUUGAGUUGACCGAAGCCGAAGCCUACAUGUGUGCGUGAGGACAACUUUCCUUCGUGUGCGUCCGCGGCCAAACGUAAGUAUAUCUUUUUUUUU